CAAUAAACAGGAUGGGGGAAUGGCCAGCUGUUUCGUAGGGUGGAUAUACAGCUAGUCAGAAACCAGAAGUUAAAAAGUUAUCGUUCUGUCAUUUGCUGGGAGUUUCACUGCUUAUGAUGGCUGCAAUAUAUCCGCUUCUAGUCCUCUUUAUCUCAUCAGUUGGUGCAGAAAUUCAUCAUAUUCAAGUUGGAUCAAACAUCUUUAUUUGUGGCUUGGGUUGUCAGAACAGUAGUGACGUUUUAGAUCUGAAGUGUUGUCCCAGUGUCUAUAUUCUGAAUAUUACAUGUUCUGAUAAUCAGAUAAGCGUCCAUGAUACAUACAGAUCUAGACUUGACCUUAACGCAUCCAGUGGAUGCGGUGUCCUCAGAGAUGCUCAGAAGAAUGACUCCUGUGUAUAUGAGGUCUCUCUCAACAGCAGACCGAGAAGAGUACUGAGUACCAUACGUGUCAUUGUAAUAGAUACAAAUUCAAAAGAUAUAUUGCCUAACUCUGAUCGCAAGAAUAAAGAUGGACUUGCAUUUGGAAUUAUAAGUGGAGUUCUUCUAAUUGGAGUCAUAAUUUUCUGUGUUAUUCUCUUUAUGAGAAUUAACAAAGCUGAAAGUGCUGAGGAGCAAAGUCAAAAUGAGAUCUGUAUUCAGGAACCAGAGGGAGAAACGUUAACAAAUCUAAGCCCGACUCACAUAAGCAGCAACAGCAUCUUGAGCCGCCCGGAGAAACACAGCAUCCUGAGCCCCCAAGUUGAAAACAGCAUCCUUGCACAGCCAGAGACAAACAGCAUGUUUCUCUUAAGAACUUGAAAUCUCUUUUUUUUUAGCUUUAUUAAUAUACAAAAGUAUGUAAACAUCGGGGGUACAUAUCACUAUACAGAGUUUUACAUUAUGUGCAUGAGUCAUAAGUACAAUGUGUUCAAGCACUGGUCCAUAAUUGUAAUCCAUGUGAGUACAAAUGCUUGGUAAUGACCCAGAGUCUGUAUCCCACCGUAUAGUGUAGCUCAGUCUUUUUUUUUCAAAAUUCAAUAAAGUCCAAAUAAAUUUGUAUCAAGAACAAUAAUAACAAAAUGUAUUACAGUAAUGUUCAUAUCUAAAUAAAUAUGUCCAUAAUUUUUA